AAUGCUGGCAAAGAUAUGCACCACAUGAGAUCUGCUGUUGGAUUCCACCACAUGGAAUUUAAGCUGUUGGGCCCUGAAACUUUAUUCAGCAGUUGGAAACCAUUCCACGGCGUUGCUCCUUCACCCUCCCACUUGGGACUAAUGCACAGGCAUGAACACCUAUUGAAGAAAACAACACAAGACUUCAACCAGUGACUACGGGGGGAAAAAAAGGAGCUUUUGUUCCACAGCUAUCAGGUCACUGUGAGUUUGCUGAAAUGAAGACUGUGCAUUCUACACUUCUCCUGCUACUGCUCGUGCCUCUGACACAGCCAGCACCACAAACUCAACUCGACUCACAUAUUAACUAUGAGUAUGGAACAGAUCAUUUGGAAGAAACAAAAUUUAGCCAGGACUAUGAAGAUAAAUACCUGCAUGGAAAAAAUACUAAGGAAAAGGAAACCAUGAUAAUUCCUGAUGAAAAAAGUCUCCAGUUACAAAAAGAUGAGGUUGUACCAUCAUUACCGACCAAGAAAGAAAAUGAUGAAAUGCCUACAUGCCUGUUGUGUGUCUGUUUAAGUGGCUCUGUCUACUGUGAAGAAGUUGACAUUGAUGCUGUGCCACCACUGCCAAAGGAAUCAGCUUAUCUUUAUGCACGAUUCAACAAAAUUAAAAAGCUGACCGCCAAAGAUUUUGCAGAUAUGCCUAACUUAAGAAGACUUGAUUUUACGGGAAAUUUGAUAGAAGACAUAGAAGAUAGUACUUUUUCAAAACUUUCUUUGUUGGAAGAACUUACACUUGCUGAAAACCAGCUAGUAAGACUUCCAGUUCUUCCUCUGAAGCUUACUUUAUUUAAUGCUAAGUACAACAAAAUCAAGAGUAAAGGGAUUAAAGCAAACACAUUCAAAAAACUGAAUAAGCUCUCUUUCCUCUAUUUGGACCAUAAUGAUCUGGAAUCUGUGCCUCCUAAUUUACCAGAAAGUCUACGUGUAAUUCACCUUCAGUUUAACAGCAUAUCUUCAAUUACAGAUGAUACAUUCUGCAAGGCUAAUGACACUCGUUACAUCCGGGACCGAAUUGAAGAGAUUCGCCUGGAGGGCAAUCCAAUUGCUCUGGGAAAGCAUCCAAACAGUUUCAUUUGCUUAAAAAGAUUACCUAUAGGAUCAUACUUUUAAAAACCAUCAAUGCAAUGUAUAUCUAAAGUAGUGCACCUAAUGUCUUAAAGGAACAUAAACAUUAGCUUACUAUUCUCAUUUUAUCUCACUAUUGUAGAAUUUUAUGUUUAAUCAAUGAUGUCCAAAGUUCUUACAUGUUUUUUCUUACAUGUUACUAUAAAAAUAAUCCAGACUGAAUCUCUUAGUUCAAAACAAAAUGAACUAAACUAAACAACAUUAAAAACCCCUUGUAGUUUACACUACAUCUAAACAGUGUCCUUUUAUAUAAACACUCACAUGAGAUCCACCAUUCCCAAGACUAAUGAAGUAAGAGAAUGCCAAGAAACGGUGAACUGUUUGUCUUUCUUAACAUUUACUGUAUUUCAAAAGCAUUUAAGGCGACGUUCCAAGAAACUGUGAAAAGCCAAAUGUUCCAAGUGACCGUCCACUGACUUUAUGAUUCAUCAGCAUUCUCCAUGAAGCAGAAACCUUUUCUGUUACGGCAGCUAUUUUAUUGUAUUUCUCAUUUAGUCUAAGAAAAAGGGUAGCCACAUCUAGGUAAAACUUUCCAGUAAAGUAAAAUUUUACUCUUUGGUAUAGAACCAAUUUAGAAAAGUUCAGUUUUAUGCUUUGUGGUCACACAGAUAGUCUUUAAUCAAUUACUUAAAAAAAUUCUAAGAAAAAGAAUAAAAAUUCUACUGAUUUUCUCGGAGAGUAAUAAGAGCCCUUCACUCUAAAGAUUCUCAAACAUGAAAUGAGUGUAAACUUUUCACAGUAUAGGAAGGAUUUCAUCAAUAAAUUUGUUCAAAUAUAAGAAAUUUAAAUGAA